AUGGGUGUGCAGGGCCCCAUGCCGCUGUUGUUGGUGUUGCUGGUGUGCGUGGCGCUGGGGAAACCUGGUCCCAAGAACAUCACAAACAAGCUCCUCUCAGUGCCUUGUGGCCGCCGGAAUUACAUUAAGCCACUGAUAGUGGGCGGGAUAGAAUCCGUGCAAGGGCGCUGGCCAUGGCAGGCCAGCCUGCGCUUGAAGAAGUCCCACCACUGUGGAGGGAGCCUUCUCAGCCACCGAUGGGUGCUCAGUGCCGCACACUGCUUUAGAAAGUACCUUGAUCCAGGAAAGUGGACAGUCCAGCUUGGACAGCUUACUUCCAAGCCUUCUUUCUGGAACAGGAAGGCCCAUUCUGGCCGGUACAGGGUGAAGGACAUCAUUGUAAACUCUGAAGACACCAUGAGGUUCCACGACCUGGCCCUGCUGAGGCUGGCCUCCUCGGUCACCUAUAACAAGUACAUCCAGCCCAUCUGCGUGCUGCCCUCCACCUUCAUGUUCGAGCAGCAGCCGGACUGCUGGGUGACUGGCUGGGGGGUCCUUCAGGAAAAUAAGAAACCUCUGCCACCACCCUACCACCUCCGCGAAGUGCAGGUCAGCAUCCUAAGCGACAGCAGAUGCCGUGAGCUGUUCAGCAGUCCCUCUCUCCAUCCCUUCAUCAGCAGUGACGUGUUCUGCGCUGGUGCUGAGGAUGGCAGUGCAGACACCUGCAGUGGUGACUCGGGAGGACCCUUGGUCUGCAGCAUGGAUGGUCUCUGGUAUCAGAUUGGAAUCGUGAGCUGGGGAGUAGGCUGUGGGCGGCCCAAUCUGCCUGGCCUCUACACCAACGUGAGUCAGCACUACGGCUGGAUCCAGACCAUGAUGGUCCUCAACAGUGCAGUCAGGUCUGCUCUGGUGCUGCCACUGCUGUCCCUCGCUCUGCUCCAGGCUCCCUGA